AGCUGGCUCCAUUAGAUUUAUUGGUAGGUAGCUUCUGAUACUACCCAGGCGAAUAAAUUCAAAUGGAAGUAGACAAAGUGUCUAAAUCUUGAAAGUGAACAAACAGGUUAUUGUUUUGGACCUCUGGUAUCUAAUUGCAAGUUAAUUCCAAUUUCGAAGACCAAUGGUUUAGGGUUUAGUUGAGGUCUUGCGACCAAACAAGUGAGUGACUUCAUUAACAGAUUAGAAUUGAUGAUUUGGUAUUGGGUUUUUUGUGUAUAUUUCAAUUUCAAUGAGUUAGUAAAUCCCAUUACCACUUGUACUGUGAGCAAGGAUAAAGGAAAUUUCCAUUGCACAUAUAUGCAAAAAGUAUAUUUCAUGUGUUGGUUUAGUGCAAGAUUGACCAUAAAAAUAUAAUACAAUGAGACUACACAUCCUAGAUUUUUGAAUAUAGUUUGAAGAUUUUUAUGUACUCAAACACCCGAUUUCUCUAGCCAUUUUAAGUUUUAACCAACUAACUUCAUUUUACAUAUUUGCUUUAAUUAUUAUACAAAUUUAUGUUGAGAUAAGACCAAAUUCAUUUAGGUAAAUACUUGGUAACAAUUUUGCCUUUCGAACCCAAGGCCAAAAGUGUUAACAGUUUGAGUGUUAUUUAUUUUCUCAUAAUUAAAGUGUCGCCCGCCUUGCUUUAUAUUAUUCCAUUACCUACCCAUUUUCAUUCAAUUUUCUUUUUCUCUACGUCAUUUUCCCCAAUUUACUCGAUAGUUAAAAUUUAAGACUUCCUCUCUCCAGAAGAAGACAGAGAGACGAUGAAUUCGGUGAGAGAUAUGAAGAAUUUGGUGGAUCCGUCGACGGCGCUGCUGGCGGCCUGCGGUGGCGAUACCGUCAAGCUAUUCGAUGUCGUCAAGCCCGGCGAUCCCUGCACUCUCAACUAUGCUCCUUCACCGGGUUGCCUUGUCAACUUGGUUAAGUGGAACCACACUAAUUUAGUUGUGGCCAGUGCUGGAGAAGAUAAGAAGAUCUCACUCUGGAGAAAAAAUGGACAGAGCUUGGGGACUAUUCCUGUGGCUGGGACAGACAGUGGAGACAACAUUGAGGAAUCCAUACUGGCUAUCAGCUUUAGCAAUAAAGGAUCUAGAUACAUAUGUUCUGGGGGAAGUGGGCAAGUUGUAAGAAUAUGGGAUUUACAAAGGAAGCGCUGUAUAAAAUGGUUGAAGGGUCACACCAGUACAAUAACUGGUGCUAUGUACAAUUGCAAAGAUGAGCACUUGGCUUCCAUCAGUCUGAAUGGGGAUCUUAUUCUUCACAAUCUUGCAUCAAGUGCAAGGGCUGCUGAACUCAAGGACCCACAUAAACAGGUAUUGCGGGUGCUUGAUUAUUCACGGAUUAGCCGGCACCUUUUGGUGACUGCAGGUGAUGAUGGCACUGUGCAUCUGUGGGAUACGACCGGACGUAGCCCAAAGGUUUCUUGGUUGAAGCAGCACUCUGCACCAACUGCUGGUAUUAGCUUUUCGCCAUCCAAUGAUAAGAUAAUAGCUAGUAUUGGUCUGGAUAAAAAAUUGUACACAUAUGACUCAGGGUCUCGGAAAUCCUCUUCUUGCAUUGCUUAUGAGGCACCUUUUUCUUCACUGGCCUUCAGAGAUGAUGGUUGGAUACUGGCAGCCGGAACAAGCAGUGGUCGUGUGGUGUUCUAUGAUGUUCGUGGAAAACCAGAGCCUGUAACUGUUCUUCGUGCUUAUAGCAGUUCAGAGGUGUCUAUUAUUCAAUAUUCUGCCCAAUACGAAAAUGAGCUAAUUGUGAUAUAUUUAUGUCAAGCUGUUACAAGUCUAUGCUGGCAAAGAUCGAAACCAGUUGUUGUAAAUGAAGGCAGCUGCACUGCUGAGGCUGCUCUUUUGGGAGGUGCUGCUGAAGAUUCCGUUCUAAUGCCUGACCCCCUUCCCUCCGUAAAUUCAUCAAGUCUUUUGGUAUCCACUGCAGUAUCCAGUUUACGUAAUACUGGUCGUUCGGUUCCUUCUGUAGAAACAGCUUCACUUGCUGGAACUACCAGUGGAUCUGCAUCGAGCAUGCUUAGUAUGGCUUCAACAGAGGAAACACAACAUCGUAGCCAUUUGUGGCCUGGUGGAACAUUGUCAAGAUUACAUGCUCCUCUUUCUAGUUAUAAUUUUAAGGAUGAUAUGGAGAUGUUUUCGCCGCUUGUGGAUGUUCAGCCAAUUACACCCUCUCUUGAUAAGCUUUGGGAUAAUCACGAUGGAGUGAAGAAGGAUCAAUUACCUGUUGAUAAGAAGCCUUCAUCUCUCUUGUAUCCAUCAAGUCGGAGAUUUCCUUUUGCAGAGGAUGGGGCGAAUGAUCACCCGAUAUUUGAUUGGAAAUCUAGUUCGUCUUCCAAACAGGAUGACACUCGAUCAUUUACAUUGUUGGGAUCCUCUCCAUCUCCAUCUUCCAAGAGUGAAGACUCUUCAAUCACUCCCCCAGAAGCUUGGGGUGGUGAAAGAUUCUCAGAUAAAUUUGCACAUCUACGUCAGCCACUUAAUUUGCCAUCUCGUUUUGGGAUGUCAUCCUCUGGCAGUCUUAUGUCAGGUUCAAUGUUUGCUGGACUACAAGAUCUAUCAUCAUCAACAAGUCAGAUGAGUAUGAGCUCAUUGAAAAAUUCUACCUUGAGUUAUACCGGUUUGCGUGCUAAAGAUGUCUCCUCAAAUCAGGAUACUUCAUUAGGAUUUCCAGAGCACCUUUCCUCUAGUUCUAUGUCAGCGUCCUUGGGUACAAAAAGCAUCACUGGUCAUGCUAACCUUGAAGCCCCAGGCUCACCAUCUUUGACCCUGCCUCGUCGAUAUUCAACUUAUGCUGAGAGGAUAAGCACCACGUUGUCCUUGAGUGAUGGGACAUCACUUUCUGUGGGGUCACCUAAAACCAAGAAGACAGGAGCUGAAACCAGGGAGGAACUUCUGAAUAGCUUGUUGUCAAGGUCUGACUCAUCAGCUGCUGCAGAAUCCGGAAUGGUUCCUGCAACAAAUGGUGGAACUGCACAGGCUUAUAAGGGCCUUCCAUCAGAUCCUCAACAAGGAAGUUCCUUCUCGCUUCAACUUUUUCAAAAUACUCUGGAAGAGACCCUUGAUUCCUUUCAGAAAUCUAUACACGAAGACAUGAGGAAUCUUCAUAUUGAGAUUCUGAGGCAAUUCCAUAUGCAGGAAGUGGACACGUCAAGGGUGAUGAGUUCAAUAUUGGAAAACCAAGCUGAGCUGAUGGAAGAGGUAAAAUCUCUCAGGAAAGAGAACCAGCAGCUUCGCCAGAUGCUUUGAGUUAGAUUGCAUUGUUUCUAUAAACAUUGUUGGGCGAUUUUGGUAUUCUUUUAUUUUGUUUUUCUUCAUCUCUCGUUUCAUGAUUUGUGCCUCAUCAAUGGCCUGUCUUUAUAGUCAACUACAGACUACAGUUGCUCUUUGGGUAAUAGUAGGGAAGGAGAGGGUGAAAAGGGUGGGAGAAAGGGAAAGGGGGAAAUGGGGGGAACAAAAGAAAAAGAAAUUGCUGAUGCUAGUUAUAUAGUUUUUUAAGGAUGUACAUAAUUUCUCAUCAGCUAAUGAAAUGAAGCUUGCGACUGCUCAUUCUCUCUA